AUACUGGAUAAUAUUAUCUGAUAUGGGAACAGAUUGUAUCUGGAUGUGCCCUGUUCAGGACAUAGGGGCAAAAUCCCUCCUGGCACAACUUGUUGGGGAUGUGGCCAGUUGACAUGGAGGCUCAAAAUCCAUUCUAAUUCAGCCAAAUAUUUUUCCAGGCUUGUGAGCAGAGAGGCAUUAAAAACCAUUCACGCCCCGGCAUUUGAGACUGUACAAUAAAUCGUUUUUUGUUUCAUUGAGCCAAAAGGGAAGAGGGCAACAAAAACUUUUGACCUCAUGACCAAAGAAGGAUCAAUGGGUGGCUGGGUUGGUAGCUGACACAAGGGUUAUGGUUGAGCCAUAAAUACAGGGGCACCAGCAGAACGUGCAGCAGAUCCACUGUGAACUUCAACCGCUACAUUUCGAUACAAUGGAUGUUACUAUCCAGCAUCCCUGGUAUCGUCGGCCCUGGCUCCCCGGCUUUUAUCCUUAUAGAAUGUAUGACCAAUUUUUUGGAGAGCACCUACACGACAGUGAUCUUCUAGCACCCUUGUACUCCAUGUUUAACUAUCGUCCUUUUUUCUGGCGUUUUCCAAGUUUUUGGGACAGUGGGAUGUCAGAGGUGAGACUGGAUAGAGAUCGCUUUGUAAUCAACCUGGACAUGAAGCAUUUCUCUCCAGAGGAGCUGACAGUGAGGGUUAAUGGUGACUGUGUUGAGAUUCGUGGGAAACAUGAUGAGCAUCAGGAUGACCAUGGAUACGUGGCACGGGAGUUUUACAGAAAGUAUAAGAUCCCUGCAGAUAUAGAUAAAGGGACCUUUACCUCCUCUCUGUCCUCUGAUGGCGUUCUGACCGUCUGUGCCCAUCGACACCAGCUGGAUAUCCCUGAGGGCAACAUUCCCAUCGGUUGCGGAGAGAAGCCACAAGUUUAAAAGUAAACCUCUGCCUCUUAACUCCAAACAACACUUGGCAACUUCCUCAUCACUGAAAAAAAUCUUCCAAUAUAACAGGCAUAAGAUUUACACAGAUAUAUACAUGUCUGUCCAUGUUAAAGUGAACAAUACAAUAUCAAGCAAAAACAGUAUGUGCUUUAAGUCUCUAAAUGAGCUUGGUUUGGUUUGUUUUAUUUAUAACCUACAGUGCACAGUUAUAUGUAAUUAUGUGGUUUGACUUGCAUGACUAGAUGGCUGUCAUCUUGACUACAUUUAGAAGUUAAAAUAGGAUUUUGUGCAGGGCUGACCUUUGUAUUUGAAGUUAUUAAUAAAUACCCAGUACAUUCCUGUAUAUAUACAGUAAAACAUGGCUUAGUUUAUGUUGUGCAUAUUAAUGUAAAGUAUGCGAUAAAGUACACCACUUUUUUGGAUACUGGGGCCAAAACCAAUGAAUAAUAGUCGGUUGUAUCUGUUUGGCUUUACUGGACAUUAAUAAAGAGCUUUAUCAAAAUGUAUUAUUGAAAAUGGCAAGCAAAGCUGUUUAGUAAACUACAUUCUGUGAGACAAUAAGACAAAUGUGGUCUAAUCACAAGAGUCCCCGAUAUCAUUUGGAAAAGCAUAUUUUUGCAGGGCUAUGUUUGGAUUGCAGAGGGUGGGGUUUAGUGAUUUGACUUUCCCAAUUUGCUUUAUUUUAUUGUUAAAAUAUCUAAAAAUAAAUUGA